AUUAGUGAUAAUAAAUGGACAUUGAUUUGUAAGUGAAUGUCGUAAUGGAUUUGAUGUUAAAUCAAGUGAUUAGUAGACAAAUACAUAUCAACUAAACUUAAUUGUGAUAACAUUAGUGAACAUCAGUCAUAGCAUUGACUUAUCAUUGAUAGCGAUAUUAUCUCAAACACUAAACACUUGUUUUAUAUAAAUUAUAAGUAAAUCAUUUUAUAAAGUGAACCUCAUUUGCAGUUAUAAAAUAUAAAUCAGUUUUCAAUUAAUUAAUUUAUCCAAAAAAUAUUAAAUUGAAUUAAAUAGCAAUGAAGUUAAUCAUAUUAGACAAAUACGACAAAGUAUCGGAAUGGACGGCCAAAUACAUCCGUAAGGCUAUCAAUAACUUUAAGGCCGGACCCGACAGAUACUUCACUCUGGGGUUACCAACGGGUGGCACACCUUUGGGUACUUACAAUAAACUCAUCGAGUUUUACAAGGAGGGAACGGUAUCUUUCAAGUACGUCAAGACAUUCAAUAUGGAUGAAUACGUAGGCAUUCCUCGCGAUCAUCCAGAGAGUUAUCAUUCAUUUAUGUGGAAUAACUUCUUCAAACACAUAGACAUUGAUCCGUCCAAUACUCAUAUACUCGAUGGUAACGCAUCCGACCUAAAGGCAGAGUGCGAUCGCUAUGAGAAACUUAUCAAAGAUUCCGGAGGUAUUGAACUUUUUGUUGGUGGUAUUGGACCCGAUGGUCACAUAGCUUUCAAUGAGCCCGGAUCUAGUUUGGCUUCAAGAACUCGGCUCAAGACAUUAGCUGACGACACAAUCUUAGCAAACGCUCGCUUCUUCGGUAACGACUUAUCCAAAGUGCCGACCGAAGCUCUGACUGUCGGUGUCGGCACUGUUAUGGACUCUAAGGAGGUACUAAUUUUGAUUACCGGACAACACAAAGCAUUUGCUCUCUACAAAGCCAUCGAAGAAGGAGUUAAUCACAUGUGGACUGUAUCUGCCUUUCAAUUACAUCCGUCCAGUCUAUUCAUCUGCGAUGAAGACGCAACUCUUGAACUAAGAGUGAAGACUGUUAAGUAUUUCAAAGGAUUGAUGAGAGUUCACAAUAAGCUAAUUGAAGAUUAGAUUUACUAUUUAGUCAAUAAAACCAUAGAUUGAAUAAAAUUUCAAAUAAUUGUCAAAUGAAAUGAAUUU